AUGGAAUUGAAAUUUUUUCUUAAUUUUAUUAUAUUAUUUGGAAUAAAAUGUGUAACAGCCUCAGUAAAUUUUACUGGAUUAGAUAUAAAAAAUAUAAAAGGAAAAUACAAAGAAUUGGAAAAUUCUGCUCAAAAACAUAAUGUAAACGAGCAAUUCUUGAAUGAAUUAAAUAAAUCUAAUUACAAAAACAUUAAUGUUAUAGCAUUAAGUACAUCAAGGCAUUACUUUAAUUAUAGGCACACAAGUAAUUUAUUGAUUGCAUAUAAAUAUCUAAAAAAUUUGGGUGAUAUUAUGGAUAAAAAUAUAAUACUUAUGAUUCCUUUUGAUCAAGCUUGUGACUGUAGAAAUAUAAUAGAAGGUACAAUCUUUAAAGAAUAUGAACAUUUUCCUGGAGAAAGCUUUGAUGAAAAAAAAGAAAAUCCUAAUUUAUACAAAAAUAUAUAUAUUGAUUAUAAGAAUAAUAAUGUAAGAGAUGAACAGAUAAGAAGAGUUAUUAGACACAGAUAUGAUGGUUUUACCCCCAAAAAAAAUAGAUUAUAUACCAGUGGAGAUAAAAAAAAAAAUUUAUUUAUUUAUAUGACUGGCCACGGUGGGGUAAACUUUUUAAAAAUUCAAGAGUUUAAUAUUAUGAGUUCUUCCGAAUUUAAUUUAUAUAUACAAGAAUUACUUAUAAAAAAUAUUUAUAAAUACAUUUUUGUAAUAAUUGAUACAUGCCAAGGUUAUAGUUUUUAUGAUGACGUAUUGAAAUUUAUUUAUAAAAAUAAAAUAAAUAAUGUGUUUUUAUUAUCAUCAUCCAAUAGAACUGAAAAUAGCUACAGUUUAUUUUCAAGUAAAUAUUUAAGUGUGUCUACAGUAGACAGAUUUACCUACAAUUUUUUUAACUAUUUAGAAAAUAUUUACAGAAUAUACCCAAAUGAGCCAUAUAAAAAUGCGAAAUCCUUUUCUAUGUAUAAUAUUUUGAAUUAUUUAAAAACUCAAAAUAUAAUGUCGGAACCUACAAUAAAUAAUUCUAAAUUUAGUUCAUCAACAUUCCUACAUGAUAAAAAUAUUCUUUUUUAUAAUUCUAAUUUUUUCAUUAUAAAUAAAGAUUUUUAUGAAUCUCCACAUAAAUAUGACUACAUGAAAAAUAAAGAAGAAAGAUUAAGUUUUCAAAAUGAAUGCCUUGGUGAUCUAAGUUUUUGUGGACAUAUAAAGGGAAAUAUAUACACAAAUAUGAUAAAUCUAUAUAAUAACAGAAGUUACUACAGUGAUAUAAAAGUUUACAUGAAAGAGGAAACGCAUUUUGCAGAUUACUAUUUCACUUCUAAAAUUUUUGAUACCAAUAAUUCAAUAAAAAUAUUACUUGCUUUAUUUUUCAUUUUAUUUUCUAUCCUUUUUUUUUUUUUUAAGUAA